GCAGGGACGCAUCUUCCGGCUCAGGCACUUCAGCGUUGAAGACCGCACUUCAGGCGUCCGGAAAUUCCCGGAAGUGACCUGACCGUAGGCUUCCGGUGUGGGUCGGGAAGGAUGGCGGUGGUCUGCACGUUUCAGGUUCUGCCACGGAUGCUUGCUCUGUCAAGGCGCCAUCUAGUGUCUCCUUUGCUUGGUGCACCAUCAUUCAGCCGUUGCUACAGAGGUGACAGCCCAACAGAUUCCCAAAAAGACAUGAUUGAAAUCCCUUUGCCUCCGUGGCAGGAGCGAACUGAUGAGUCCAUAGAAACCAAAAGAGCCCGGCUGCUCUAUGAGAGCAGAAAAAGGGGAAUGUUGGAAAACUGUAUUCUGCUUAGCCUCUUUGCUAAAGAAUAUCUGCACCACAUGACUGAGAAGCAGCUGAACCUCUAUGAUCGUCUGAUUAAUGAGCCCAGUAAUGACUGGGAUAUUUACUACUGGGCCACAGAAGCAAAACCAGCCCCAGAAAUAUUUGAAAACGAAGUCAUGGCACUGCUGAGAGACUUUGCUAAAAAUAAAAACAAAGAGCAGAGACUGCGCGCCCCAGAUCUGGAAUACCUCUUUGAAAAGCCACGUUGAGCUGUGUACCGCCGCCUGCCGUUGGGGCUCCGUCCGUGGACCCUAACUUAGGAUAGAUCCCGGCCUUGACUUCCUGCUGCUCCUGAGACACUCAGCCCACCCAGACUGUUUGUCUUGCUUCAGAUGCUGGACCCAUCUCUCAGGACAUGUAAAUACUGGGUGUGACUCAUUCUCACACUUUGUUGGUUUAGUUUUAAGCCUAAAAGCAGUUGCUGGUGUUGCGGGCACUCUGGCCUGUUUCUCUGGCUCCUGUCUUUGGAGUCGGGCCUCUGCCACAGGAGGGCGGUGUCGGGACGCGUGUAGCUCACCCAUAGCUUCCACCAGAAGUGUGUGCCCUGCAAAGAGACAGCCAGCUGCGGGGGCUGGGUAGUAAGCUUCCCCGAGCAGCCCAGGGCUUUGUUCAAGUGACAUCUGCUCCCCCCUCCCCACCCAGGUAGGGUCCUUCCUCCUGGGGCAGCAGACCCAAGCCCCCUGAGCUGACUCUUUCAGAGGCGCGGCGGGCAGAGCGAGGGCGGCAGGCGGUGUGUGGGCUCGCUGCUGACGAGUCCUCAUCCUCCUCAUCAGAUUGUCUCGCAAACGUUCACUCUGUACACUGAAAGAUAAUUAAAUAUUAAAGAAUAUUUUAUGAAGGAGAAAUCACA